AUGCCUUUCUCACAAAACUUCGCGUCGAAUAUGCUACAACGACGAGACGAUGACGAAACAGAAGAUGGUUGGUGCGAAUUCGCGACCAUUGAGGAUCAAUUUCUCUGGCCUGGUGAAGGCAAAACUUGGGUGCGUGGACAAACACAGAUGGUAGGCUGGGGAGCCGGGCGCGACAUCAACGGAACAUGGGGCGAAGGGAGCACCAAAGUCAAAAUGGAGUUGAGGUGGUGGACAGGAACAUAUGGCCCAGGCCCAGACGAUCUAAAACCCAUAGUGAUAUUUGACAACAAGACCUUUGACUAUCCUUCCUCUGACUGGAAACUAUGGAACCCCAACUGCACAGACACAUACAUGAACUACACUUGGACAAUACCUAUGGAUUUGGGCGUUGGCGACUCGAAAUUCACAAUGACGGUGUACGACGUGACGAAUCGCAGCGAUAUAAGCAUGUUGCAAAGUAAUUUAUUCUUCAUCAACGCGGAUAACGGAACAUCAACAGCAGAUUCAAAUGCUAGCACCUCAACACCAGAAUCUUCACAAGAAACAUCAGCCUCGACAGGACUUGCAACCGGUGCAAAAGCCGGCAUUGGCGCAGGCAUCGGCGUCUUGGCACUAAUUCUUCUUCUCGCCGGCUUCUUCCUCUACCGACGCAAGAAGCGACAAACAGCAAGCAUUGCCCCAACAGACGGGUUUGAAAAGCCAGAGUUGGAUGCAAAAUCGACUGGCAUUUCUGAAGUUGAUGGAAGCGGGAUAUCUCCGCACCAAGCUCUGGAUAACGCGAUAUACGAGGCACCCGGGGUUUUAGUCCAUGAGGCUCCAACUGGAAAGGAGCAGACGGUGGUGGAGAAGAUGAGAGCAGCUCGUCAGAUUAAUGAGGAACCGAUUGAGAUGCCGGCGGAUUCACCUAUGUCGUCGCCAAAGACAUCGCAGGACAGACUGAAUAGGACAUAG